UCAUGUUAGGCUGCAAUGUGGACAGGACUUGAGCCACUGCCUGCAGGAGAGGAGACCAGGGAGCCUUGGCGUCUACAAAAACCUCCUCUCUGAACAUUGUUGUUCCCUCGCUGUGUGUGUGUGUGUGUGUGUGUGCACGGGUCUGACAGGCUGCCUCUCCCAACUACACUACACCACGAUCCGAGUUACAGAAGAGGCUUUCGACUCAAGCCUCCAUCCGCCAUUUUCAGCAGAUUGAAAGCAGGUAGAGCACUAAAAUCACAAGUCCCCGGUCAAAUAAAGCAGUCCAUGUGGUAACCCUCAUUAAGACUCAGCACCCACUAUCUUGUGGAAAACGACCUGAGCAGAUCAUGGCCAUUACUGGAGGGACAGUGGAAAGUCUAGAAGAAAUUCCAGCUCAUGUGUGGAAGGGUUUGCCUGACUGUUUGACUCUUGGACCUUCUGCUGUAAAUGAAAGCCGUGUCGGUGUUUGGGCCACUCGGCUCAUUCCUAAAGGCAAGAGGUUCGGCCCAUUUGUCGGAGAAAAGAAGAAAAGGUCCCAGGUGACGAGUAAUGUGUACAUGUGGGAGGUUUAUUUCCCAGCUCGGGGCUGGAUGUGUGUUGACGCCACAGACCCCAUGAAGGGAAACUGGCUGCGAUAUGUGAACUGGGCACACUCCAGCGAAGAGCAGAAUCUUUUCCCUCUGGAGAUUAACAGAACCAUUUACUACAAAGUUUUAAGGCCUAUCCGGCCGGGAGAGGAGCUGCUGGUGUGGUACACUGUGGAAGACAACCCUGAGAUAACAGCUGCACUGGAGGAAGAAAGAGCCAGCAGUCUGAACAGGAAAAAUUCACCCAGGGCGAAGCGAGCCAGAAGAAAGCUGCUGGAGAGAGCCAGACAGGCUGGUUCGGGUGGAUUCAAGAAAACCAGUGUAACCAAACCUACUUUCAAGGAGAUGUGGGAUGGGGAAGAAGGUCUGAAGGAGGAGGAUGAGAGGCCAUCAACCUUAGGGCCCUCACAGGAACUCCAGAAAACCCAUUCCCUGGGGAGCACUGGCCAUAUAAAUGUGGAGGCCAAGUCAUCAGUGAUGACAGACACAGGAAAUGGGCAGGAGGAGGAGGACGAAGAAGAAGAAGAGGAAGAGGAGGAGGAAGAAGAGGACGCUGGUGAUUUGGGGGAACCAAGUGACGUGCAGCAACAAACUGCUCAGCAUUCACCUCUGGCUGAUUCUGUGCAGAAGAAGCAGCCUGUACCAUCACUGACCUGUGAUGACGAAAGCCAUAAGGAUUCACAGGGAAAGUUGGAGUCUUCCUCAUUCGCAGGGCAAGAACCUGAGGUUGAUCCUGAUCUUGACCUUGACCCUGAUCCCGAUGGUGACCUUGAGGGUGAUCCCCACGGAGAGUCAUAUCCCUGUCAGCACUGUGAGCGCCACUUCUCCACCAGACAAGGUCUGGAACGUCACAAUCACAUUCAUGCAAUCACUAACCAGCAAACACAACUGUUCAAGUGCCGGUACUGCAGUAAAUCCUUUGGUUCACAGGUGGGGCGGCGGCGGCAUGAAAGAAGGCAUGAGAGUGGGCCUAAGAAAAGGCCUGGCUCCCUGGCUGGGAAUGCCAGUCUGCUCAGUCCGAUGGUGCAGACUGACAGUUCUAGUCCUGACUGCACCAGCCCAAGUGGUCACUAUAUAGCCAUAGGGUCCCAGUUUACAGGAGGACCUCUGCACAGCUCUGAGAUGCAGAGAAAGGAGAUGGGGCCUCAUACUGACCGUCCCUUUAUUUUGGAUGAAAAUGGGGAAUCCAAGGAACUCCAUCCCUGUAAAUACUGUAAUAAGGCAUUUGGUACACACACCAACAUGCGCAGACACCAACGCAGGAUACACGAGCGUCACUUGUUACCAAAGGGAGUUCGCAGGAAAGGCAUGCUACUGCAAGAACCAUCGGUGCAGCAGCAGCAGCCUGAUGAGUCCCCCAGCACCAGCCCUCCUCCUGUCUAUGUGCCCAGUGCGGACACAGAAGAUGAGGCAGAUAGGGACGAUUAUGCAGUUGACAUUUCCAAAAACAUCUCUGAAAAUUUGAGCUUUUACAUUGAUGGCAAGAUUGUGUCCACCAGUUCGGUGAGCACCUGUGAAGUGAUAGAGGUGGACUCUAGAUCUGCUGCUCUGUUUGGUCUGGACACAGUCAUCAUCAGCCCAAAUCAGAUCAGUCAGGCGCUAAAGGUGGAGAGUAGAAUGAGCGCUGCAAAGCAAGCCUCCAACAUUGGUCAGCCAGCAGCAAAAAGAAGAACAUCUACACCCCCACUUGUUCCCAGCCUUAAAGUGGAGACGGACACAGCAUCUUUCACAGCCUCUACAUCAUCUUCAUCAUCGUCUACAUCAUCCUCAUCCAACUUGUUAGUGCGAGGGCUGUUCCAGCAAGCAGCAGAUUCAUCAGCAUUUCAACGGGAGAAAACUGUUUAUCUCUCACCAAAGCUCAAACAGCUCCUUCAGACUCAAGACAUUCAGAAAUCAACCAUUGCUGUAUUAACAGAAAGCCAUAGACUCGCCUCACCGCUGUCAGUGACGUCGCUGCCAGGGGCCUCAGGCAGGUUUAAAAGAAGAACAGCCUCUCCCCCGUCAUCUCCACAGCUCAGUCCUGCAUGUAAAACAGAGAGCUGCAAAGUUGAAGCAGUGAGCUCAUACACCCUUAAGGUGCCAAAGCUGGAAGGUCACAGCUUGUCACCUAGUGGAAGCCUACAGGACAAGGAAGACAACCUGAGCCUUUCUGGAAAUAACAUGCAUGGCCAAACUUCUUCUAAUAGUGGUGGACACUCCUGUAAUCAACAACCCUUGGAUCUGUCAUACGCUGUCAGUAGGAAGAGUGAAACUCAGAACAAGGUGCUUGGGGAUUCAGCCCUUGAUUUAAGCUUGCAUCGAAAGAGCAGUGCCGAGCCAGAAUUAAAAGGAAGUCCAGCACCACAACCACUGAUAAAAAAGAGGAAGCCUAACACCAGCAUGCUUGAAAAGGUGCUGAUGAAUGAGUAUGUAGGUUUGCCUUUGCCUGGAGAAGAAGGCCCUGCGACGUUGGCAAACCUAAAUUGUUUUCAUUCUCGGGCUCCAACUGCUGCAUCAGAGUCUGCCCACCCUUCUCCGCCCUCUUUGACCCCUGUCACCAUGAACCCCUCUUCUCCUGGCACCUCCAGUGUGACAUCACCAACACCACCUCCUCCUGUACUACCUACCAUACCCUCUCCUCCGAUUAUGCCUAACUCUCCUCUUUCGCAGCCUUCAGACUCCUCUGCACUGAGACCUCUUCCUGUUCUCUCGCCAAAAAUGUCUCCUAGAUCAGUUGACCACAAGUCCCUGUCAGACUCAGAGGAGAUUUUGUCAGCUGAAGAACACAACGACGAAGAAGAGAACCAUAUCCCUACACCACUUGAAUCCCCGAAGUCUCAACCUCAAGAUUCACUUAAUUUUUCAGUGUCAUCAAGCCCUCCUGAGCCAGCAUUAGUAGAUCUUUCCACUACAGAAGACGUUCCUCUGACUACAACUUGUAACAGUUUGCAGAAUGGCAAAGUGAACCAAAACCUUGACUUGGUCAAAGACAAAACCGUUGCUGCUCUCUCAGCCCAGCCAGAAUCCUCCUCAUCUCCUCCUCUUGCAUCACAUGAUUCACCUUCUAUGCUCGUUUCACAAUCCCUCACUCAGACUAAGAUAAAAGAAGAACCUCAGCACUGCGUCGAUGAGCUGUCAGUCAUGAAUCUUACACCUCAGGAUGGUGUUGAGCCUUCACCUCUCCCUGCUGCUCCUGAUAAACCAUCUGAUAAAACCUCUGAGGUGGAGGAAGCCGACUCCAUGUACUGCAAGACUUUUGUGUGUAAUGUCUGUGAACAGCCGUUCAACUCCAUCAAAGAGCUCAGUGGGCAUAUCACAGAACAUGCCGCGGAUUGGCCCUUCAAGUGCGAGUUCUGUGUGCAGCUGUUUGGUGAUGCCCCAGCCCUACUGGCUCACCGAACAGCACUACACGGAGUGGGCAGGACCUUUCUGUGCUCUGUUUGUUCUAAGGAGUUUGCAUUUCUCUGUAACCUCCAGCAGCACCAAAAGGAUCUGCAUCCAAACGAGACAUGUUCACAUACCACUGUGGAGAGUGGCAAGCUCAGACCACAAAACUACACAGAUCCAUCCAGAGCCGAAGAGGAAAGCUGUCCCUCAUCACCAGCACCACAGAAAACUGAUGAAACUGCUCCACACAGUGACUCUGACUUGGCCAAAGAAGAGCCUGAUGUUAAUGGUAAUCAUGCAGAGGACCCCAAUGAGGAGCUGUACACUACAAUUAAGAUCAUGGCCUCAGAGGGAUCGAAGCCUAAAGGCCCAGAUGUCCGCCUUGGCAUUAAUCAACACUACCCCAGUUAUAAACCACCCCCUUUUCCUUAUCAUAGCCGCUCACAUGCUGGCUCUGUGGCCUCAGCUACUAACUUCACCACCCACAACAUACCACAAACGUUCAGCACUGCCAUUCGCUGCACCAAGUGUGGCAACAGCUUUGACAACAUGCCCGAGCUGCACCAGCACAUUUUGGCCUGUGCCAAUGCUAGUGAUAAGAAGCGUUACACUCCCAAGAAAAACCCCAUCCCCCUGAAGCAAAUCGUGAAGACUCAGAAUGGAGUGGUGUCACCUUCAGCAGCUGCUGCAGGCCAGAGUGCUUUCCGUAGAAUGGGUCAGCCAAAGAGACUUAACUUUAGUCAAGAUACUGGUAAAACAAAAAUGAGUGCCCUCAGUAAGAAGAAAAACCAGCUGGUUCAGAGGGCAAUUUCUCGGAAAAAUAAAGCUGCCACUUUUGCAAAGAAGGCUACCAUUAAAGUUGAGGAAGAGCAGCCCUCCAACGUCUGCCCCCACUGCAGUCGGGAGUUUACUUAUCCCGCAAGUCUCAGUAAACACAUGGCAGUCAGCUGUCCCAUGAAGCCUGUUGUUAAAAAGGGCAAAAAAGGUCUUGCAGAGGUGAAAAAAGAGGCGGUGUUUGUUGUAGAUAAAAACAUGAGUCUUAGGAAAAAAGGUUCAGAUUCUGAAAUACCACGGACCGAGAGGGAGCGUAAACCCCUGGGAAAGACCAGAGCUCGUAGCUCUGGUGCAGCAGACCCUGAACCCUCCCAGCCAAGUAAAGGAAAAACUGCCAUGUUGGGACGACUAAAGAGGCCUGCCUCAUUCCCUGCGCCAGUUCCUGUUAGCAAAAAAACUAAGAAGGGCCAAGUUCAGUCUCUACCUCCCACCCCGUCAUCCCUGGACACUCCCAGUGACACCGCACAACAGCGGCCAGCCAUGAAAAUGCAGCGUAUGGGCAAAGAGGCAGUACCCAAGAGAUUAGCAGAGGCCAAAUCACCACCACAACAGCUGAAGAAAGAGGAGCGGUUCUCGCUUCGAACAAGAGAUAGAGUGGGUGGUCCAGUCACCAGGAGCUUACAAAUGGCUAACACAACCCCUUCAGCUGAGGUAAAAACUGAAGACCCACCGGUUCAAGAGCCAAAAGAGACUCAGGAGGUGCUGAUGAAGUGAGCCAUGUGGACAUUGUUGAGCUCUUCUUCCUGUGAAUACAUGCUCACCUCUCAGGCAAUGUUCUGGACUUAAUAAGGCACUGAUUACACUGAAUUUGAUCUUUUGUGGUGGCUCAUUCACUCAACUCAAGUUUGAUUAUCUCAACUGCCUUUUGCUGGAUUCAAGGAGGGAACUCUUUAUCUUCCAUCUAUGUUAUGAACUGAACUGAGCCUCGAUUUUUAGCCAGCCUUGCAAAAAAAAAAAAGAAGAAAAAAAAAAAGAGGAAACUGUAAAUGACAAUGAGUUAAUAUAUAUACACAAAAUGAGUCAUUACUUGACCCAAAACAGUAACAUUAGGGCUCUGUUAUUUUGGGAAGCUGAUAUAUUGCAAAUGGCAAUCAUGUAUCAGUUAGGGUUAGGGAAACUUGUUUAUUCUUUUGUUCCGUUCCUUCCGCCCCCCCAUUUGGUUGUUUAGAUUUUUGGAUGUUUCCAGAUUCUCUUAAUGCAUGUGCUGAAUAGAGUAUAAACUAGAUUAUGCCAAGUUCCAUGUCUCCCCCAAUGGGCACCUACUUCAGUUUAUACCUGAUUUGAGAAAAUAUGUAUGUUUGAUUUAAAUUUCUGUAGUCAGUAUAUUAUAGAAUAUAUCUUAUUGGCAUAUUUUUGUUUGGGAAACAAAAAUGAACAUAGCAGUUGUUUACUGCAACAAUUGGUCCUCAGGAACACUGUAUAUGUGUGUGGUAAGUAUGAGUAUGCUUAUGAUUGGAUAUGCAGCCUGACAGCUAUUCCUUUGGUCUAAAUCUCAAGUAUGUCUCAUGUUUUUACUUGCUUUUUCAGACUCUUUUUGUUUAUCUGACAUUAGCAGGUAAUUCCAGUUGUAAACUAAUGGGAAUUAUGUUGAAGUCUCCUUAAACUAAUGUCUUGAAAUAUCUUUUUUAAAUAUCACUCAUUCAUCCCAGUGUUUUUACAGCACUUUAAAACAAACUGCCAAAAUUUCUACCUGGAUCAGAUCAGUGGAUUGGCUUAAUUACUCAGUGAAUAAUUGAAUGUAUUCAGGUCUGUUGCACUUUGCAGACACUGGUAGAUUAAAGCAAAUCUUUGAUUUGUAGCCUUUCUGCCAACAGAUCUCUAAAUUGGUUGUCUCCGUUAAGUAUUUUGCAACCUAAAUGAUACACAAACCAACUUUUAUAUGCCAAAAUACAAUGUAGAAAUUCACAUAUUGAAUACAGCCUUGUUUUGCAUUUUAUUGUCCAUUUCAAAUGGACGUGUGAAAAGUUGGUCCACAGAUUUUCCCAUCAAGAGCCACAGUAACAUAACCGAAAGAGCUUUCUUCUAAGGACAAAGUUGUCCUUUCUGUGAGUAUAUAGAUGUAAUAAGACUACCAAUGAAAAGUCCCCCUACCUUUUCACUUUUGACCAUAUCCACGUGUAUGACAGAGAUAGCAGGCAGCACUUCAACAUUUUGUAGCAUGUUAUGGGAAAGUAAAUUGAACAAUAUGAUUUGAAGCUAAUUUAUAUUUCCACAAGAAAUCUUCAUGGUUUGCCUUUCAGCAUCAAGAUUAUGUAUUUAAGGAUGAACAAAGACAAAAGUCCCAAAUGACCUCAAGUAAAACAUUGCUGUAAUUGACAAAAUAAAAAAAAAAACAUUUUUCAGU